AAGCUGCUGCUCUUUGUGUUUGCUGCUGGAAGGAUGCUGUCCUUGUCUCGUUCGGUGGUGGGCGCCGUGGCCCGCGCUCCGGCUGCGGUCAGCCAAGGAGGCGUGACCACUCUCUGUCGAUUCAACAGCACUGCACAGAGUGCUCCAAAGAAAACUAAAUUUGGCCCACUGGCAGACGAGGACAGAAUUUUCACAAAUCUUUAUGGCCGUCAUGACUGGAGGCUAAACGGGGCACUGAAGCGUGGCGACUGGUACAAAACCAAGGAGAUCCUUUUGAAGGGGGUCGACUGGAUUCUUAAUGAGAUCAAGGUUUCUGGCCUGCGGGGGAGAGGCGGAGCCGGGUUCCCUACUGGCAUGAAGUGGAGUUUCAUGAACAAGCCCAGUGACGGCCGGCCAAAGUAUCUGGUGGUGAAUGCAGAUGAAGGAGAGCCUGGAACCUGCAAGGACAGAGAGAUCAUGAGGCACGACCCGCACAAGCUGGUGGAGGGCUGCCUGAUCGCAGGCCGGGCCAUGGGGGCUCGUGCUGCUUACAUCUACAUCAGAGGAGAGUUUUACAACGAGUCGUCCAACCUGCAGGUGGCCAUCAAUGAGGCGUAUGCUGCUGGGCUGAUUGGAAAGAACGCCUGCGGCUCUGGUUACGACUUUGACGUGUUUGUGAUGCGUGGCGCCGGCGCGUACAUCUGCGGAGAGGAAACCGCCCUCAUCGAGUCCCUGGAGGGGAAGCAGGGCAAGCCGCGUCUCAAGCCUCCGUUCCCUGCAGAUGUUGGUGUGUUUGGUUGCCCGACGACUGUCGCCAACGUGGAGACGGUGUCCGUGGCGCCCACCAUCUGUCGCCGUGGAGGGUCGUGGUUCGUGAGCUUCGGCAGGGAGAGAAACUCUGGCACAAAACUGUUCAACAUCUCGGGUCACGUGAACCACCCCUGCACUGUGGAGGAGGAGAUGUCCAUCCCUCUGAAGGAGCUCAUCGAGAGACACGCAGGUGGCGUUCGUGGAGGCUGGGAUAACCUGCUGGCUGUAAUCCCUGGAGGAUCCUCAACUCCCCUUAUCCCCAAGAAGGUCUGUGAAGAGGUGCUGAUGGAUUUCGACGGCCUCAUUCAAGCCCAGACCGGCCUCGGCACGGCCGCUCUAAUCGUCAUGGACAAAUCUACUGACGUCAUCAGAGCCAUCGCCCGACUGAUCGAGUUCUACAAACAUGAGAGUUGUGGCCAGUGCACACCAUGCAGGGAGGGAGUGGACUGGAUGAAUAAGAUGAUGUGGCGUUUUGUUCGUGGCGAUGCGCGGCCGGCGGAGAUCGAUAUGAUCUGGGAGCUCAGCAAGCAGAUCGAGGGACACACCAUCUGCGCGCUGGGUGACGGUGCAGCAUGGCCCGUUCAGGGAUUAAUCCGGCACUUCAGGCCCGUGAUGGAAAGCCGAAUCGCUGAAUACCAGCAGCAGAAAAAGGCUGUGGCUUAAAUCUCGUUCUCAACAUAUUGAUUUCUUCAUUCUGCCUCCAAACGCCCUUAACUUCAUGUCUGUGAGAAAUAUUUAAACUAAGGAUAACGUACUGUCUUUUUGCCUCAUCGGGAAGCUUCGAGUGACACUUUUGUUGUGUUUGAAAAUCCCAAUAAAGAUUUAUUACCUGAAACUAUUGGGUGAUUUUAA